AUGCCACCUGUAUCUAGAUUCCUACCCUUUUUCGGGCCCUCCACGAGCCAUGGCGGGACCCAGCAGCUGGCAUAUAGCUUCCAGCGCCGCCUCCCUUAUGCACCCCGGAAGUUCAGCAGAAACGUCUUCACCAAAGAUCAAAUCAAGACCGCGGAAUUGCAGAAGACCCCCCACACUCCGAACCAAGUGGUGACAGAGGUUCCGCAUUCCACUGAGCCCUCGUUCAUCGAUGUUCCCAGUCCGCUGUGGUAUCACCGUCUUGGACCAGUGGGAGACUUCUUUAGCUGGCUCAGUCGCAUGCAGCGACGCAGACCAAUAACCACUACCUUAGCAACUUCUUUAACCACGUACUUGACUGGUGACUUAUUGGCACAAGAUAUGGGAGGAGAGCCAUACGAUGGCGCUCGAACAUUGCGAAUGCUCGCAGUUGGAGGGUUGGCUUCAAUCCCAGGAUACAAAUGGUUCAUGUUCUUGGGCAGCCAUUUCAACUAUGCCUCCAAAUGGAGUUCAAUCACAGUCAAAGUCGUCAUCCAGCAGUUUAUAUUCGCUCCGGUCUUCAACACGUACUUCUUCGGCAUGCAAGCGGCUUUGACAAACCAGCCACCUUCGGCCAUCAUCCACCGCGUUGUUUCCACUGUCCCAGAAAGCUUGGUGAGCUCGGCCAAGUUCUGGCCUCUAGUAACUGCCUUGAACUUUACUCUCAUCCCGGCGCAUCUACGUUUUGCGGUCUCGGGUUUCUUUGCCGUCAUAUGGCAGACAUACCUGUCGUUUCUGAAUCGACGCGAAGAAAAGACAGGGCCUACUGGUACACUCGCGGACCAAGCACGACAGAAGCUGUACGAAGAUGCCCCGUCGGCUUCGGUUGUUGACGUCCUUGAUGGCGCCGAUUCAGGAAAAUCCCUCUGA